UUCGUUCAUUAGAUGCCGUUUCGCGAUGCAGGCAAGUGUGGCUAGAUUUGUCUGGAUCGGAAUUCAUGUCGCAUACGAACGGGGCCUGGAUUUAGUUGAGUGCUGGAUUUGACGAGGUAGUGUUGUUCGCGUUUCACGGAGUGUUUGUGCGCUGGGAGUGGUGUGAGGUACUGCGAGUGGUGCAUUUGUCCAGGCGAACCUGUCGGCAGCUUCCACAUCAGAAGAGAUAACGCCGUUGCACUGUCGUCCUCGUCCUCGUUUGGCGUCAUCGUUGCGCUUCUCUUGCUGGUCGGACUCUAUCAACAACAAUAACACACACGGACCGUAGAACGCACCGCCGAUUUCGAUAGCGACUCUUGCUCGGGAAUCAUUUUCCGUGUGUUGUUUUUUGCGAGAUUCUCAAAAAUAAUAUUUUUCUGUUAUCAAUGAAAACAAAAAUGCCAACGAGUUUUGAUUGAAAACAUUGUGCCGAGAGAGAAACAUUGUUUUUUAUUUGUGUAUAUGAUUCGAGAAGUGUGUGCGGAAUGGCAAAUACGAUUUUCGGAUUAUAAUUUGGCGAAAGUGUUUUUUUGUUGGCUUUCCCCGGGUCCCAUUAUAAAUAUUAAUUUGGAAAAUAUUGUUCGGAAUUGAUAACCACUGCUGCUCAAGUGACUCAAAUGUUUUAGAUACAAUUCGGAGGAGUGUGCUUAGUGACCGCCUCAUAUUGUGAUAUUUUCUAAGAAGAAUUGAAUAGUUCAAAACGAAUAGCGGAUUUUUUUUCCAAAAUGCAUACUUUGUUCACGGAUCAGAAUACAUUUUCGCGACACUAUGCCCAAACUGGAUACGCCACAGCUGGGCCUACAAUGGCUCCCACUCAUUAUGCCUAUGAUCAAUAUUCGCGGUAUACUUACCCGGGAACAGCCUACGCCCUGUCGGCACCUCAUCAAAACAAAGAGAUGGUCAAGCCGCCCUACUCUUACAUAGCCCUCAUUGCUAUGGCCAUCCAGAAUGCGCCUGAGAAAAAAAUCACCUUGAACGGAAUUUAUCAGUAUAUCAUGGAACGAUUUCCCUACUAUCGGGAUAACAAGCAAGGUUGGCAAAAUUCGAUCCGACAUAAUUUAAGCUUGAAUGAAUGUUUCGUCAAAGUAGCAAGGGAUGACAAGAAACCGGGGAAGGGAAGCUACUGGACCUUGGACCCCGAUUCCUAUAAUAUGUUUGACAACGGAUCAUUUCUCAGACGACGACGGAGAUUUAAGAAGAAAGAUGCCUUGCGGGAAAAAGAGGAAGCCAUGAAGCGUCAAAGUCUAGCCCUGGAAGAUAAGCUGGCCGAUAUCAAACCGAUAAAACUAAUGGCCAACAGCCUGCUCGAUGCAAAUAAACAUUUCAAAAAAGAACCCGGCCUGGAACUCAGUGCGGCAUGCAUAGCAAAAGACAAUCUCGCCGUGAAUGCAUCGCUGUUGAAUCCUUGCCACGAAUCGAUUGCAUCUCAAAUGAAUCACUUGACCAGUUCCGUUGAGCACGGUUUCACCGUUGAUUCCUUGAUGAAUGUAUACAAUCCACGCAUUCAUCACACUGGUUAUCCGUAUCAUUUAAACGAAGAUAACCUAGUGACCACUUCGGGUCACCAACUGCGUCAUCAUCACCAUCCUGCAAAUCAUCAUCAUGGCGGUUGGUAUACACCUGAAACACCUCCGGACACGGUUAACACCAAUUCAACGAGUAGUCCUUCAGUAACAACAUCUGUAGGUUUUCGAGACAUGGUAUUCGAGCAUAAUCAAUCAUGUCAAAUGGAUACAGGAAGCCCGAAUGGUAGCCUAAACUCAGCAAGUCCACCAACGGUAAUUAGUAGCCAUUUAACUGGGAAUUUAGGAAAUCUUAGUCAUUAUAGGCCACACGUUGGACAUUAUCAGGAUUAUGGUAUUAAGUAUGGCGUCUAAGUUAGUUCAGAUUAUUUAUUUCUGUAUUUUAUGGGAUAAAUUCAAUUUCGUUUGGAAUUAGAGAAUUUAUUUGAUCUUAAUGCAAAUGUUUUUGGAGUGAGUAAAGAUUUUCUCAUUUAUUGGGGGUAAAUUUUCUAGAAUAUUUGAAAGGAUUGUAAAGUUAUUGGAGCCAGAUUUUCCCCUUCCGCGGAACUGAUUUUGAUCAAUCUUGUAUAGGAUGUGUUUUACGCUAUUUAGAUUUUUUUUCUUUACUUGGUCAUUUUAAUUUUUUAUAAUUCAGUUUAUUCUAUCAAGUUAAAAAUUUAAAUUUUCUCGUCCCGGCUUUUUCCUUAUACCAUUCACUGUUUCUGUUCUUGUAUUUUAUUUUCCUAGCUUUUUUCGUUUCUCUAAAUUACAUUUUUAAAAUUAACCACAUAAACUUUUCAAUUAAUCCGAACAAAGUUUCUUCAUGGCCUGAAAAUUAAUUAUUAUAUUAAUUCAACCCCCCCCCCCUUUUUGCGCUAUAGUACCUUAGAUUUACCUGCCUAAAGGAUAAAAUUCCCACGAAUGUACGUUACCAAAAGGUGAAAUUUUGAGCAAUAUUUUGUUCAAUAAAUUGCUUUUCCAAAAGAUAUAUUGUAAAAACGUUUUUAUUUUAUUAAAAAUAUUGUUAACAAAUUUAAUUAAAUUGUAUAUUCAGUUUAUUAUUUUUUUUCUUUUAAAUUUAGGUUUAUUCAAUUAUAUUUUAUGAUUUGGGGAAUUUCUAUUUAUUUAAAUAAGUGAGAUCAUAAAAGCUCUUUCAAGCACAACGAAGAGUCCAGAUGUUUGCUAAUGACGUUACUCAGUAAAAAAUCAAAUUAUUUUCCAUUGAAGAACUCCAUCUUUGAGCAUUUGCAUUAAGAUCAAUACGAAAAAGCCCCUAAAUAUAUUUUCCGACUAAUUAGGUUCCUGUAUAUAGUAUGUAAAUUUACGAUUAAAGUUAAAAUUAUAAUUUUUAAGUAAAAAAAUGUGAUGUGCGAAUAUAGAUCAUUAAAUAAAAUAUACAUACAUACGAAUAAGAAAACCUUGAUAACGAAAAAUAUAAAUAUUAGUCAUA